AUGGAAGAACAUCUUAAUGAUUAUCUUGUAAUCUAUGAUCUUCUUCCUACAUUCACAGCUCUAGAUGUCUUACGUGUUUUUGAACGUUAUGGGAAAAUUCUUCACUUUAUGUUUAUUGGAAAAAAUAUUCAUGUAGGGAGAGCAUUUCUUCUCUACGAAGAUAGGACAGUAAAUAAUGCAGUUUUGUCUGAUUCAGGAUAUUUUCACGUAAAUAAACCAGAAUUUGAAAAAAUGAUUUCUUCAAUUAAAAUAAAAACAUCAACAGUACUCGUAACUCCUAUCUCUGACAAAGAAAUGUUCCUUUUGCGCAGAAAGUUAAGAUCAACAAGAAACAAACACUUAUUAAAUAUCGGAAAUAUCACUGAUGAUAGCAUUUAUCCGCGUGAAACACAGCGCAGAAUAGACAUAAUUAAUGAAAGGAAUAGAUUAUUCUAUGGAGAUGCAAAAUUAAUUGUUUCUUCGAAAACUUUACAUUUUUAUAAUUCUCCUCAAACGCUGCAAAUGGGUGUUUUGCGAAGAACAAUUGUUGAAGCAAUUAGAAAUUAUGUUCUUGAGAACCCAAAUGAUGAUAUUUCUAAGCAAAUUAACACAGAUUGUAUCAGAAUAACAAAAUUAGUUAAAAAUGAAGAUGGAUCUUUAUCAAUAGCAUUUACUCAUAAUGCAUAUGCAAUGGCUGCUUUAAAGAUGUUGAAUGGAAAUUACAAUUUUGCUUCAAAUUUCACUCCUAUUAUUCAUUUUGAAUUAAAAGAAGGAAAAGAAAGUACUCAAACACAAAUCCCAGCGAACCCUAACAUAGAAGACUUACACGGAGAUGAUUUGCCCGAUAUUCCAUUAUUUGGAUAA